AUGCUCUCGCUGCGCACUCUCGCCCGGUCGGUGCCUCGCACCGUCUCCCGUUCCCUCGCCGUCUCCUCUCGUUCGGCCGUUCUGCGACCGGUCUCCUCUGUCCCCAAGUUCUCCUUCAACCAGAUCACGAAACCUGCCUGCGCUGCGUUCUCGACCUCCUCUAUUUUCCGCCAGGCUGCUGCUGAAGGUGAUAUUGAGCUCGUUGCGAAGUUGGAGGAUGAAUUGAAGCAUGAGAAGGCUUCCGGUCUGGAAGAUCUCGACAGCUCCGUCCAGAACAUCCAAUAUGUUCUCCAGAACAACUCCUGGGAGGUCAAGGACGUCCCUGGCGAGCAGGAGGUCGUGCUCACCAAGAAGUUCGGCAACGAGGAGAUCCGCCUCACUUUCACCGUUGCCGACCUUCAGAACCUGACCGAGCAGGAGGACUUUGACGAUGCCGCCCUCGACGAGAUGGAUUUCCAGUCCGGUCACCAGCCGGCCAACCAGGGCCGCUCCGGUAACGUGUCCCAGCACCCCGAGGACCGCGUCGCUCCCGCCGAUCGCGAGUUGGAUGACCUGGACCGCGACCUGGAGCCCAGCUUCCCCGCUCGCGUGAACAUCACCAUCGAGAAGCCCAGCACCGGCGCCCUUCUGAUCCAGACUGUCGCUCAGGACGGUUUGUUCCAGAUCGAGGAGGUCUCCUACUUCACCAAGCCCGAUCUGGCCUACGCUCAGACUGCCGAGAAGGACUGGGCCCGCCAGAGCCUGUACGCCGGCCCGCCCUUCGAGAACCUCGAUGAGGACCUGCAGACUUUCAUGGAGCGUUAUCUCGAGGAGAGAGGCAUUAACGCCGAGCUCGCCAACAUGAUCCCCGACUACAUCCAGGUGAAGGAGCAGAAGGAAUACGUUCGCUGGCUCGAGAAUGUCAAGAACUUCAUCUCCGCCUAA